AUGGAAUCAAAUCACAAAUCCGGGGAUGGAUUGACCGGCACACAGAAAGAAGCCGCCCUCCGUGCAUUAAUUCAGCGAACGGGAUAUAAUUUGAUCCAGGAAAAUGGGCAGAGGAAAUAUGGCGGCCCACCUCCAGGCUGGGACGGCCCUCCGCCAGAGAGGGGCUGCGAGAUCUUCAUUGGAAAACUGCCGCGGGACCUCUUUGAAGAUGAACUUAUACCACUGUGUGAAAAAAUUGGCAAAAUCUAUGAAAUGAGAAUGAUGAUGGACUUCAAUGGCAACAACAGGGGCUACGCCUUUGUGACCUUCUCAAAUAAACAGGAGGCAAAGAAUGCAAUAAAGCAACUCAAUAAUUAUGAAAUUAGGAAUGGGCGUCUCCUGGGAGUCUGUGCCAGUGUGGACAACUGCCGCCUGUUCGUAGGGGGGAUCCCCAAAACAAAGAAACGAGAGGAAAUUUUAGCAGAGAUGAAGAAAGUCACGGAUGGAGUCGUGGAUGUCAUUGUCUACCCAAGUGCAGCUGAUAAAACCAAAAACCGGGGUUUUGCUUUUGUGGAAUAUGAAAGCCACCGGGCAGCAGCCAUGGCCAGGCGAAAAUUGCUCCCAGGAAGGAUCCAGUUGUGGGGACACCCUAUUGCUGUUGACUGGGCAGAACCAGAAGUGGAGGUGGAUGAAGACACCAUGUCAUCAGUAAAAAUCCUCUAUGUGAGGAACCUCAUGCUCUCGACCACCGAAGAGACUAUAGAAAAGGAGUUCAACAGCAUCAAACAAGGUGCAGUAGAAAGAGUAAAGAAAAUUAGAGACUAUGCCUUUGUGCACUUUAAUAAAAGAGAAGAUGCAGUUGAAGCUAUGAAAGCCUUGAAUGGGAAGGUGCUGGAUGGGUCCCCCAUCGAGGUGACUUUAGCCAAGCCCGUCGACAAGGACAGCUACGUCAGAUACACCCGAGGCACAGGUGGCAGAGGCACGAUGCUGCAGGGAGAGUACACCUAUGCCUUUGGACACAUGUACGACCCCGCCACCGCCUACCUGGGUGCCCCGGUUUUCUACGCACCCCAUGCCUACGCGGCUAUCCCCAACCUCCACUUCCCGGCCACCAAGGGGCUCAGCAACAGGAGCAUCAUCCGGCCCCCAUCCAUCCGAGAAAUUUACAUGAAUGUACCUGUAGGGGCUGCGGGAGUUAGAGGACUGGGAGGUCGUGGCUACCUGGCGUACACGGGCCUGGGGCGCGGAUACCAGCUCAAAGGAGAAAAGAGGGGAGAGGAUAAACUCUACGACCUCUUGCCAGGAAUGGAGCUCACACCGAUGAACCACGUCACAUUAAAGCCCCAAGGGAUCAAACUUGCCCCUCAGAUCUUAGAAGAAAUCUGCCAGAAAAACAAUUGGGGACAGCCUGUUUACCAGCUCCACUCUGCAAUUGGCCAAGACCAAAGACAGCUCUUCCUAUACAAAAUCACCAUCCCCGCCCUCGCCAGCCAGAACCCCACCAUACAUCCCUUCACACCUCCCAAGCUCAGCGCCUUUAUUGAUGAAGCCAAAACCUACGCAGCAGAAUACACCCUGCAGACACUGGGGGUUCCCACCGAGGGAACAGAGGUGCCCCCUGCUGCGCCAGCUUUUCCAGGAUACACCAUUGCUAAUGCUGCCGCAACAGUCACUGCCACUCACCUCAAACAAGCAGUGACAAUGGGACAAGAUUUGGCGACGUACACCACAUAUGAAGCCUACCCCGCCUUCGCAGUAGCUGCACGCAGUGAUGGUUAUGGAGCAUUCUAA